CUCACUAUGGCUAUUUGGUUCGACACCGAUGAAGACGUGGUUGGCACUAAAGCCCAAGGGAAGCACGCCUUUCUGAUCUUGUGGCGAGCUGGACUUGUCCAGAUGGACAAUGUCCAAUUCUGUGAAAUGGAGCGAACUGCCAGACAGCACUCCGCUCGAGUAUGAGCAGGAGAAUCAGAAGAGGCCUGGUAGCAAAUCGCAUGAUCUCUACGAACGCUACAAGAGGUCCAAGACCUAUGGCGAGGCGAAAGCCAAUGGAGCACGGCCGGAAGACUUCCGCCACGACUACGGGAAGGGAUGGUUGAAGCUUCAAGGCGGACAGAUCCCUUUGGUCGCUCCAAAGAAUGGGGCCAAGAAAGACUCCGAAGGCUCAAAGCGGCCCAAAGAUGGCUCGUCGAAGAAGUCCAAGGAGGAUAUGGAACCAAUUUGGCAGGAGGAGAAAAGAGAUCCGGAGCAGAUCCAGCAAGAUCUCAUGAAGCAGGCUGAGCUGAGCAAAGAGCUGAAUGAACUCAAGAACGAUCAAUACAAAAAGCGCGAGCGGCCCAAGGAUGCCUGGGAAGUGGCUAUGGAAGCUUUCAGCAAGGGAUCUGAUCAAUCCAGAAGCUCCAAGAAGCCCAGACCGACAGUUGCUGAGGCUCCAUCGGCGCUGGACAUGAAGCUGGAGAAAGCUCACAAGCAGCUGCAGAAAGAGACUAUGGAGCAGCUCGAGAAAGCCCGCAAGGAGAGGGAAAAGGAGAAGGCUGAGAAGGCCAAAGCGGAGGCUGAGAAGCCCAAGACCCUCAUGGGGCUCAGCGCCGCCAAGGCAAAGAAGACCGAGGAGAAGCCUGAGAAGCCUGAGAAACCAGCUGAGAAGCCGAGCGUGAAGGACAGAGGCAAGGCAAGGGUAGAGAAGACGCCUGAGAAGGAGAGAGCCAAAGAGCCUGAGAAAGGUGAGAAGGUCUUGAAAGUCGAAAAGAGUGAGAAAGUAGAGAAGGCGGAGGCGAAGGUUGAAAAGAAGGACAAGGAGAAGAAGUUGAAGAAAGACAAGAAGGAGAAGAAGCACAAGAAAGAUAAGAAGCACAAGAAACACAAAAAGCACAAGAACCACUCUGAUGAGAAGAAGUCGAAGCUCGAAGGAGGGAAGAAGGCUCCAAGGACUUCCAUUCCCGCAAGCCGAAUUCGUGAGCUGCUGAGGUCUAAGGUGAUGGGCAAAGACAAGGGCUCCUCUCUUUUCCAACAGCAGGUGCAGGAAGAUGCGAAGCUUGGAGGCCAGCCCAAUGGGACAACGAAGCCUCAGGCACCUGAUGACGAGAAAGAGCCGAGCCCGCCAAAGGAGAAAGCCCCUGACAGCUUGCAAGAGGCUGUGGAGGUUCUGCAAAGGCAGAUCAACGAGUUGAAGCCCCAGCAGCUUGAGAAGUUGCUGGAGUGUUUCAAGGCAGAGGUCACCUGGCGGCCCGAUGAUGUGGAGGACUUCAACUUUGACUUGAAGCUCCUCCCUGUGCCAAAGCUGCGGGAACUCACCAGGCUAAUUGCCAGAGUCCGCGCUGACACGGGAUCCCAACUACAGGCUGGCGUGGCCUUGGAUUCCAACGACAGGGCACGCUUCUCGGCACCGGUCUCCCAGAGUACUCAGCUGGCUGCCAUGAAAGAGAGCCAUGAGCGCGAACUGGAAGACAAGAUCCGUGUGUUAGAGCAGCAGAACGAGCACCAACAGAGGCAGAUCGAAGAGCAGAAGGCGCAGAUGAUGCAAAUGCAAGCUGCUCAGGCGCAAGCGCAGGUUCAUCAGCUUCGCAGCUCAUUGCCACGCCAGGAUCCGCGUUUUGCUCCAGGUCAGAAUACCUUUGGUGGCAGCUCCAGCUCCAUCCGCCCAACAUGGAAGGAGUCGAUCACCACUUCUGUACCUCACCAGAUCGCGUUGCAGCAGCCGCAAGCAGCGACGGGCCUUGCAGGUCAAGUCCCGAUGCGGCGGCCCUUCACGCCAGGUGCUUCGCCUGCACAAGGUGGGUCGGAGCUCUACUCCACGAACCCAAAGGAUGGAUGGAGGACGGGGCCUGCGGCAGCGAGGAUGCCUCAUGAGCUGGUUCCAGGUUGGAUUGGCGACGGCGGUGGCUGGGUGCCGGGAGGUGAGCCGCCGAAGAACGCCCAGCCACCUGCAGUGCCGCCGGGGGAUACUGAGCCGCCGGGUCGGUGUAUGGAGACCUGCCGCUGUGGCCAGGUGGUGAGCCGUGCCUGGGAAGUGGAGAAAGCCUGGCUGAAAGACGAGGCCAGAGCCAUGGCCAUCAUGGCAGCCAUCCAGCGCUUUGAGAGUCACCCCUCGGUGGAGCGACGUGGCAAAGUCUCCAAACAGAAUCGAUACGAGCCAGCCGCGCCUACACAUCAGCAAGCCCUAGCCGAAGCGGGCAGGGUGACACUUCCUCCACACCUGCGCAUGCGAGCCUAUCCCGAUGUGCGGUGAGAGUCGCUGAUGUCAAUUCGGAUGACGGAAGUGUUUCAAGUUUCGCCGGUGUGGGCUCUUUCUUUCAGAAGUCGUAAAUGGG